GCCCUUUUGAUUAUCAAAUUGUGAAACUCCACUUGUGUCUAUGCAUGUGCACAAUCACACACACAUACACAUACAUACAUGAAUAUAUAUAAUAAUACCCAGACUAGACAUGUAUAUUAUUAUUCACUACUUAGAUUUGUUAGUCAUAGAGAAAAUGGGGGCAUGUUAUUCAUACAACACGUCCCCUAAACUCAAAAACAAUAUCACAGUAAUUCACUUCAAUGGUUUUGUUGAGUAUUUUGAUCAACCAACUUCAGCAAGCCAAGUUAUUGGAAAUACACCAAAACACUUUCUUUGUACCUCAAUUCAACUUCUUUCAUCAUUCUACAAACCAUUGAAAGGAGAUAGUCAACUCCAAUCUGGUCAACUAUAUUUCCUUCUACCAUUCUCAAUACUACAAGCUUCUGAUUUUUCUCCUGUUGAUAUGGCUUGUCUAGCAAAGAGGCUCACUGCAAAAGCCAAAAUCAAGCCAUGUGAUAAUAAAAAAUCUUCAACAGUUACUCCUUUACUUAGCCAAACAAAUUGGACUACUUCUCCUGCAAGGAGUCCUUGUAGAAUGCAGCCAUGGAAACCUAUUUUGGAUACUAUUACAGAAAAACCAUUCAACACCAGAAGUGAAUCAGAUUUGCAAGAUAUCACUAUCAAUGUUUAGUAGAUAAUCUGUGUAAUAAUGAUUAUAAUCAUAAUAUAUUUUAGAAUUUGAUGUGUCUGAAUUUCCUAUAGUUGUACUUACCAUUGUCAUUAGAAAACAGAUUUUCUGCUGCAAUUGUGUUGCACACAAUCACCAAUUUCGACCGUCCAAUCUAAAUCAAUAGUUAAAUUUAUUUAAAA